CUGAAAGGGGAGGAGUGACGACAGAACACACAAUGCAGAUCACGUCUUCAGUGUCUUUGCUGACUUUCUCUCUGCUGAGAUCAGAACAGUUCAUAAGUGUAGGAGAGUCAGAGUGAGGAGCUUCUGGACCUUCUGGACCUUCAGGUAUCCGCUGUGUUUGAAGAGUGAUGCUGCCAUGUUUUCCCAGAGCUCAGCAAAUAUUACAGCAGCACUGAUCCUCAUUUUACUGGCAGUCCUGCAGGCGAAGGUGGAUCAUAAGACUGUAGGACAGAAAGUGGUGAAACUGACCUGUAGCCCCCCCUGCAGGCCCAGAGGAAACUGUUACUACAUCUGGAACAGGAAUAAUCAGUACAUAGGAUGUUCAUUUAGUGCCUCACUGUGGUUGGACUCCACCAGAUCAUCUAAUCAGGACAGAUUCACCUGUGAGGUGAAGAACAACAGCCUCCCUCAGCAAAAUUGUGAUCUGGUUUAUCAGCAGUGGGCUGUGACCUACACUCCUGAACAUGUCUGUGCUCUGAAAGGAUCAUCAGUUCAUUUCUCCUGCACUUAUAAACACCCUGAAGGACUCAGAGUGACUAAAUCACUCUGGUUCAUUGAAAGUCACUGGCAGCCUGGUGUUGAGCCUGUGGAUGUGGGAGAGUCUGAUCAGUAUAAGGGGAGAGUGCAGUACAGCCAGACCCUGAACUAUUGUAGAAUGACCAUCACUGACCUGAGAGAGAGUGACGCUCACACAUACAGGUUCAGAUUCUACACCGAUGAUUUUGACGGCAAAUACUCUGGCUCACCUGGAGUCACUCUGUCUGUCACAGAUCUGAAGGUUACAGUGUCAGAUACAGAUGGAGGAGUAAAGAAGCUGAACUGUAGCUCCACCUGCACUCUGCCCAACCCCACCACUUACGUUUGGUACAAGAACAGACAGCCUUUAUCUCAGUGUGAAUCUGCCUCCUGCUCUGUAGCUGUGGUCAGUGAAGCGGUCAACUACAGCUGUGCUGUUAAAGGCAGUGAUCUCCACUCUCCUCCAGUGUACUCUCCCAGACCUCCAUCUGUAUCUGAGAUUGAGUUUGAUGGCUCAGUCACGCUGGUCUGUGUCAGUGACUCCAACCCUGCCAGCUCUUACACCUGGUUCAGGAAGAUAGGAGGAGACAUCACACAGUUUGGAGAAGGAGCCAAU